AUGGCAGAUAAAAGAAAUAGAAUAGUGCAAUAUUCGGCAGGGCUUUCCGCGGCAUUCACAUUUAUGUUCACGGGGGCAACUCUGUCGUGGCCUUCACCAGCCAUACCCAAGUUCAGGAGUGGAGAAGCGGAUUUAAAAAUAACAGACGAGCAAACAUCGUGGGUGGUGUCACUGUUAUCGGCGGGUGCGCUGCCUGGCUGCUACAUAGGUCAGGUGUUGAGUGAGCAGGCAGGACGCAAGCGCACCUUCUUGAUUUCUGCUGUACCGGGUGCCUUAGGUGCGAGUAUAAUAUUGUUCACAAAAACUCCAUUGCUAAUGUGCAUUGCCAGAUUUUUGAUAGGAAUAACUACAGGAUCUGUGGCUGUGGUAACAAUGAUAUAUAUAACAGAAAUAGCGGACAAGGAGAUAAGAGGUGCCCUUGGUAUGACGGUACAAGUGAUGAAUAAUCUGGGAGGGCUUCUGAUAUACGGGAUAGGGCCGUUCGUGUCCUACACUGUACUAAACUCCAUUAUUGUCAUUAUACCAGUGGUGUUCGCAUUACUCUGCCUUUGGUUACCCGAGUCUCCGUACUAUCAUUUGAAGGACGGCCGAGUACAAGCCGCUAGGAAAGAGUUCAUCUUUAUAAAAGGACGUAAAGAUGACAAGUGGGUAGACGAGCAGUUGGGAAUAAUGAAUGCUCACGUAAAAGAGAGCAUGGAGGAUAAGACAACGGCCAGGGAAUUGUUCACAAAUAUGAAGUACAGAAAUUGUUUGUAUAUUGUUGGCGGAUUAAAAUUUCUGCAGUACAUGACGGGAAUUCUAGUAAUCCAGUCUUACUUAGAGGAGAUAUUUAGGCAAAGCAGCUCUGUGUCGGGACCUCGGGCCAGCAUCAUUUAUGGUUUCGUUCAAUUAGGGGCUGGGAUAGGGGCGACAUUUCUUAGCCGAUGGUGCCGAAGAAGAUUACUCCUACUGGUGUCUUGUGUAGGGGUGUCAAUCGCGAUGACUGUAGUCGGAACAUACUUUUACCUACAAGACGUGGUAAAAGUAACUCCCGAAGUAUUACAAUCGAUUUCCAUGCUGCCCCUGGUAGGUUUGAUGUUGUUCAACGUCUUAUACGCUUUAGGUGUAGGCAACUUACCAUACGUUCUACAAGCAGAACUAUUUCCAGUUAAUGUGAAAUCGGUGGCGUCCAGUAUUGCUACUCAGUUCGCUUGCGUACUCAGUUUCUUGGUAACAAAGUUUUACCUGAGUUUCAGAAAUGUGUUCGGACACCAUUCAGUGUUCUGGGGUUUCGCGUGUAUAGGAUAUGCGGGUGUUAUUUUCAUAUACUUUUUUGUGCCAGAGACGGGAAAUAAGACACUAGAAGAGGUGCAGGAUAACCUCAAGGUAGACCCUCUAGAAGCUGAGUCAUUGAGUGAUUGUAUCGCACAUGAAGACACUACGAUUUCUAAAUUAUGA